AUGGCCGUGCGGUCUCUGCGCCGGAACGCCGAGCCACAUCCUGCCCUCUUUCGGCGCCCGCUUGGUGGACACACAGCCACGCAGGCCCAUCGGGCACCCGACCCGUUCUUGUGUCCACACUCCGCGGCCUUGCAGGGCCCUCCGUCUCCACUCGAGCGGCCCCUCGCCCCAGCUCGGCCCCCUCACCCGCUCGCCCCCGCCUCUCUCUGCCCCCACCCACCUACUCAAACCCCGCAGCAAUGA